CUACGGCAGCUCGUCCUCAUCCUCAUCCUUCAUCUUUCAUCCGCAUCCGCGUUCUCGUUAUCAAACCAUGGAGGUGUCGACUGGCAACUGCAAAUAACGCUGCCCAUAACUCAAGUUUUUCUGUGACCCCUUGUGCUCACAGAACAUAUCUUGUCCCGACUUGCAUCCCGCUGUGCUGAAACUAUCCUGCAACCUCUGCGACCUCUCAGCGGCAGCAGCAGCAGCCGCAGCAAGCAAAAAGAAGCAUGAUGAGGGAGCAGCAGCUGCACCGCGCUCGGCUGGUGUCGAGCGUGGCUGCAACCAUGAUCUCGCUGGCAUGCGGCACCAACUACGUCUACUCGGCCUGGGCCCCGCAGUUCGCCGACAGGCUGCGCCUCUCUGCCACCGAGACCAACCUGAUAGGUCUGGCCGGCAACAUGGGCAUGUACUCGAUGGGCGUGCCCGUCGGCCUGUUCGUCGACCACCGCGGCCCGCGCCCGGCCGUCAUCGCCGGCGCUCUGUGCCUCGGCAUCGGCUACGUCCCCUUCCGCGCCGCCUACGAGACCGCAUCCGGCUCCGUGCCCGUUCUGUGCUUCUUCGCCUUCCUUACCGGCCUCGGCGGCUGCAUGGCCUUCGCGGCCGCCGUCAAGACGUCCGCCCUGAACUGGCCCCACCACCGAGGCACCGCGACCGCCUUCCCCCUGGCCGCCUUCGGUCUGAGCGCCUUCUUCUUCUCGCUCUUCGGCGGCGUCUUCUUCCCCGGCGACACGGGCGCCUUCCUCACCCUGCUGGCUGCCGGCACCUUUGCCCUGAGCUUUUUCGGCUUCUUCUUCCUCAAGGUCUAUCCGCACACGUCCUACCACAGCGUGCCAACCAGCGCUUCCGGGCCGUCCGGCUCGCAGCAGCUGCGCCGCACGCCGUCCGAGGAGGCAAAGGGUCCCCGCCGCCACGGCGGCCCCGGCGGUAGACGCUCCCCGGAUGCAGAACCUGGUACGUCGCCCACCACCCACACGACUCCCGCGGCGACCGCCGGCUCGUCAGAGGAUGCCACGGACGACCCCGCUUACGGCCGGACUCAUGUCGAGACUGAUGUCGAGGCUGGUCUCCCCGACGCCUUGCCUCAUGCCCUGGACGGCACAUCCCAGGAGGUUCAGGUGGACGAGACGUCGUCUCUCAUGUCCAAGUCAUCGUCGUCGCUGGCCGGCGAUGUCCUUGUUCAGAACAGUGUUGAUAUGGAUCGCUCGCAUCGUGUAGAUAUCCGUGGCUGGCGUCUGCUCAGGAACGUCGACUUUUGGCAGCUGUUUUGCAUCAUGGGCCUUCUGGCGGGCAUUGGCCUGAUGACCAUCAACAACAUCGGCCACGACGUCAAUGCGCUCUGGAAGCGCUACGAUGACUCGGUUAGCGAGGCCUUCCUCGUCCAGCGACAGCAGAUGCACGUCUCCAUCCUGUCCCUCGGGAGCUUCUGCGGUAGAUUGCUGAGCGUCGGCUCCGACUUCCUCAUCAAGGUGCUGCACGCGAGCCGCGCCUGGUGCCUCGUCAUCGCCUGCUUCGUCUUCUGCGUCGCCCAGCUCUGCGCCCUCAACAUCACCAACCCCCACCUGCUGGGCUUCGUCUCGGGCCUGUCGGGCCUCGGCUACGGCUUCCUCUUCGGCGUCUUCCCGUCCAUUGUUGCCGAGUCCUUUGGCAUCCACGGCCUCAGCCAGAACUGGGGCUUCAUGACCCUCAGCCCCGUCCUCUCGGGCAACGUCUUCAACCUGUUCUAUGGAGCCGUCUUCGACAGCCAUAGCAUUGUCGGGCCGGAUGGCGAGCGGUCGUGCCUCGAUGGGCUGGACUGCUACAAGAACGCGUAUUUCGUUACUUUGGCGGCCUGCGGGUUGGGGAUCGUAGUGACCCUAACCACGAUCCGGCACCAGUACCUCCAGCGGCUGAGGGAAGAAGGGAAGGGUGCUGCCGAGGAUUGAAACCUCUUCCGGCGAC